CAGGCGACACGCGACGUAUCGUUUUAGAUUUGUCUGCUGUUUACAAGUAAUUUUGUGUGUUUAAUAUUUCGAGCUUCUGAACCGUAAAUAUGACCGAUCUACUAUUGGAUUCUGAUAUUCGUCUUUGGGUUUUCUUGCCAAUCGUCGUAAUUACAUUUCUGAUUGGAAUUGUAAGACAUUAUGUAUCAAUUUUGCUCUCUUCGACUAAGAAAGUGGAGCUUCAACAAGUCCAGGACAGUCAAGCAAUGAUUAGAAGUCGUCUUUUGAGAGAAAAUGGAAAGUAUAUACCUAAACAAGCAUUUUUAAUGAGAAAGCACUUUUUCAACAAUGAAGAAACAGGCUAUUUUAAAACUCAGAAACGUUCUCCUACUAUGCAAAAUCCAAUGACAGAUCCAACAAUGAUGACUGAUAUGUUGAAAGGAAAUCUCACUAAUGUACUGCCAAUGAUUUUGAUUGGUGGAUGGAUUAAUUGGACAUUUUCAGGAUUUGUGACCACUAAAGUUCCCUUUCCAUUAACUUUACGCUUCAAACCAAUGUUACAACGAGGAAUUGAAUUAAUGUCAUUGGAUGCAUCAUGGGUCAGCUCAGCUUCUUGGUAUUUCUUGAAUGUGUUUGGAUUGAGAAGCAUCUAUGCUCUUGUUCUUGGUGAAAAUAAUGCCGCCGAUCAGACCCGUGCCAUGCAGGAUCAGAUGUCCGGAGCCGCCAUGGCCAUGCCACCGGAUCCAAAACAGGCAUUCAAGGCAGAAUGGGAAGCAUUAGAAAUUUGUGAACAUCACUGGGCUCUUAAGAACAUUGAAAAUGAAAUUUGUGGUUUAUCCAGUCAUCAAGAUGGAACAAUCACUAACAAAAAUGAUUAAUUUUAUGAUUACUCAGAAAUUUAUAUAUAUAUCAUUAUUUAACAUGUAUAAAUAAUGUACAGUUAAAUGAAAUAAACAAUUUGUUC